AUUCAGAAAAGCGUGUCGAUAAUGUGUAAUUGAUGGUAGGCACAUGUGCUUGAUUGACCAUUUAUUCGUAACGGGAUAACCGUUUUGUUCAUAACGGAAUUACACGUGGGGAAAUAAGGAGUUAAAUGAUUAAAGUAAUUUUACUAGAAUUACGUUGUUUAAUAAGAACUUUAUGAUACAAGCCAUGUAGAAGAAAUUUGUUUCAAAAUGUGUAAGGAAAAAAGCGGAAGUAAGAUUCUUGAUAAGUGCCACAAAUUCUGUGUAGUUGUCACUGUGAAAUAAUAUUAUUAUUAUAUAUUCUUGAAAUGGAUUUAAAGUGUAUGGCUUUGGAUAUAAGAAUCAUGGUUGUGGCAGCUACAUACACAUGUACUUCCGUUUUGACGGAUGGCUGACUAUAUAGGACAUGCGACCUUAACCUUUUAAUUCUACGAAAAGGAUAACUGUUAAAUCAAUACAAUAAUACAUGUUGAUCAAUUCAGUUUAACGUUUGAAAUCAAUAUAAUAAUUUUGGACUUAAAACACUUAACACAACGACCUGUGUUAACCUGACAUACUCAGCUGAUACUUUACGCUACACAAAGUUUUAUACAUUUAAUGUAAAAAACGCGUAAUGGUGAUAAAUUCAGUGCACGAAUGAUAAAAUUAUGCAAAAUGCACAUUACGUAUUGCAGGGACUAGAUAUACGCUUAAAUAGUGGAUUGUUAACGAGUAAAAUUAUGGAUGAAUUAGUCAAGGUUUUUAAAAUGCUUGUUAGAUACGAUUGAUACAUUAUAAUUGUAAACAACAAAUAGGAAGUGUUUGUACGAAGAUAAAUAUGGAUCAGUCGAAGUCCAGACCAGAUACACUUCCAGUUGCAGCUGAGACAGAGCUACCCGGUGCAGAUUUUGAAAUGUCACUUCCUAAAGAUUUUGGACUUCUGUCCCCUGAAACUGUUGUAUUUCACCAUACAAAAGUGAAAAUUGUCCCAGUGUUUGCUCAUAGGUCUUCUGCAGACACGAGAGACCAGGGUUCUCAAGCUGAUACUGAAACACGCAUUCAUGCUUCAACAGACACACAGACAGAGUGUGAAAUCGGUAAUACAAGCAACAAAGACAAUAUAACAGAAGAAGAAUGUCAGGCUGAUGAAUAUUCCAGAGAGGAGAUAAUCAGAAUAAACCUUGAGCAACACCUGAUAUACAUCAGUCAUUGUAUCAAACCAGAUGAUCUGAUUUUACAUCUGCAUUGUUUCUCUGAAGAACAAAAGUCAGAUAUUCUCUUGGAGAAAAAUCUUAUAAAGGCAUCAAGAAAGGCUCUAGAAAUGUUAUUACAUGAUGUUGAGGAACCAGGGAGAUUUGUUGAACUGAGGGAUGCUCUUUCUGAAAAUGAUGGCUAUCCAAAGAUUGUGAGUAUCCUGGACGGCGAAUACAACCCAGAGGAUCAGAACUACGUCAAGGUUGUAGAACUCUUUACACCCGAAAUAAUCGUGCGUCUAGAACCAUCAGUGUUAUUGCCCCAUCUACUGCAAAAAGGCGUUUUCAAACAAAUGGAUGUAGAAGAAAUAAGAGCGGAAGAGAAAAACCAUGGGAAGAUGAGAGCUGCCUGUGUUUUAUUGAUGUACUUACCACGUCGCACUGUGGACUGGUUCAGAUGUUUCUUGCGGGUCUUGAUUGAUUGCGACCUUGAGGAUAUUGCUGAAAUGCUUGAUCCAGAUAUGUUCCAAGAUAUCAAACAGGUGCAGACAAAUGUACAAAGCCGUGAAACAACUUCCAGUAAAAGUUCAAAUGAAUCCAGAAGUACAAAACCAAAAGUAGCCCCAAAGCCAAAGUUUAGAUGGCCGCCAGAUAACCUGAAUAAUAAUACAAGUAAAACGAAGGACAAUUUGCGUUUAAAUGCAGAAUCAAAUGAAAACACUGAAACGAAAAUUUCCGAAAAAGUAGACGGCGACUUGAUGAAAGCUGAUAAGGAAGAAGUGAUUUAUUCUCGAAAUAACAAAACAAAGAGUCCUAUAGUCGAAGAAGCAUCAGAAAAUAGUGAUGAUGUGGUGAUCAUUUCGGACUACAGUGGCGAAAGAUUAGAUUAUCUCACAGCUAAUGUUGCCGAAAGAAAGAAAAUAGACAAUACUAUGGCAGACUGUGAUGCAGAAAUCCUUUGGCCUGAUAAAAAACGAGGGAAAACUCAAAUUCUUUUGCGAUCUAUUUCAAAGGACAAAACGGACGCCACCACAUGGUCAAGGAAAAAGAAAGUCUGGAAACGAAACGUUAUUGUUACAUUUAAAAACCUAUUUUUUCAGGUUGCUGUGCCUGAAAACAGGUCCAAGUGUCCAUUUUCAAGUAUAAGCAAAAUCAUGUGCGGAAAAAACACUCCAUGUAAACAACACAUUACACCGAUAAGAAAUAAACAAUUUGGUAAGAGACAAACCGCCGAAACACAUGAAAGCGCCGGCACGACGAAGUCAGACACAUGUUUUUCGUUUGCAAAAGUUGGAACGGCACCAGAAACAGAGUUGCGUUUUGUGAGUAGAAACGCUAAAACGGCAUCCAAUGAAGAACCAAAUGCAUCAGAACUAGAGUCAAAUCGUGCAAAUAGAAAUUAUCAAACACUAGCAAAUGAAAUGAUUCAUGAAUCAGAACCAGACGUAUUCAGUUCAGAGGAAAUGCAAAGAUAUACAAUAUGUAAAAUGACAUGCGGAAGACGUAUCUCAGUUAUGAAAGGAUCAUUAGUGGAUCUUAGAGUAGAUGUAAUGGUGAACACGACAGACAAGGCUCUUUCAUUAACAACAGGACUUGCAGAGACCAUUAGUAAGAAAGGAGGAGAAAAGAUAAGGACUGCGUGUUACAAGUAUUUUCAAAAACAAGGAAGCAUAGAUGAGGGAGAAGCAUUUGUGAGUGAGGCUGGCAGCCUUCCUGCUAAACAUGUGGUGCACGUAAAUAGCCCAAUUAAGAGAGAAGAGACAGAAGACGAGCUGAGAUUACUCAGACAAACAGUCAUGAAUGCAAUGAUGCAAGCUUCAGUUAAAAACGCACAGACAGUCGCAUUACCAGCAAUCAGUUGUGGAAUUUCUGGAUUUCGAACUAAGACGGCAACAAGACAUAUAGUGCGUGCAGUGAGAAACUUCUUCCGUGAGGAGCCUUCGUGUAGCCUGAAGCACGUGUAUCUCGUAGACAUUAAUCCACAAACCGCUAAAAGGUUUCACGAAGCGUUGUGUUGUGAAUUCGAAAAUGACACGAACUGUGUUGUAGAGGCGUUGGAAGAAUCUUUAUAAAAAAUAAUAUAUGCAAUGUGCAAUGCGAACAUUUUGCAUUUUGAUGCCAUAUUGUGUUCAGGUAGUGUGUGAAUAGGUGGAUUGCCGCGAUGAAAUCUUUGCAUACAAAGGCACUGAGUUAACAGUUAUUUGAAUGUGCAAUCUUCUGAUCCAAUUAUUGACCUUAUUCAUGAAUUAGGUUAGACAUGCUGGAAGCCAUCCUUUUUGUUCUCUGAGGUUCAGGUUACUCAGUGUUAAUAUUGUCAAGAUCACUGGAAGGUAUAUGGUCAAACUCGUUAUGUAUGGGAACAUGUUUAAAUGUUUGAGAUUCUAAUAUAUACGUUUCUAAUAUAUACGUAGAACUGAAAAACUUCUUUACCAUUACUGUUAUAUUGCAAUAAAGUAUCUGUUUUUGUA